UAACUUCAAUUUAAAAAUCUACUCGUUGGUCUAUAAUCGAGGAUUUUGUAAAUAUAAAACAACCACGACAAAAAGUGCUCAGUAUGAAAAAUACAAGUUGCCUGAAGAUUUCAAUAGCAGCGAUGGUGGUAACGGGCGUAUGGUCUCCUAGAAUGUUCGAUGGGAAACCGCAUUUACAAAAACUGUAUCUCAUUUACGCCUCUUUCUUUCAAGUUUUUUUGUUUGGCGGUAUCAUAUUAAUUGAGUUUUUACAUUUGAUUCAGGUGAUCGAUGAUCUCGAAGAAACGGCGGAAGUGAGUUUGCUGCUGCUGACGCAUCUAGCUCAAGUGGCCAAAGUUAUGACCAUAUGGGGGCGGCAAGCGAGGAUCAAGCACCUCUUAUAUCUGUUGGACGAUCCAUCUUUCGACCGUUCCGAGCCGGCCAAGAAGGCGAUUCUGGAGUCGACGUGUAGGUUCGCGUGGUUCGUCAGUAAGUUCCUGGUGGCUUCGACCUUGUUUACCGCCCUCAUGUGGGGCGUGUUCCCCAUGCUGAAGCCAACCCUGACUGUCCCGUUGAACUACCCGUACAUGACCAGCGGCUCUCCUUUCUUCAUAAUGAUGUUUAUUUACCAACUAACGUGCAUAGUGCUGAAUGCGCUGGGCGACACGGCAGAAGACUUUCUCGUGGGGGGUCUGAUAGUGUUGGCGUCCGCUCAACUUGACGUUCUCAGCUUCGAACUGAGCCACAUUGGACAACAUAACGACAUCGAUAUUAACUACACUGAAGCUGUAAAUUGCGUCAAAUAUCAUAUGAAAAUCAUCAGUUUUGUCAACGAGCUAGAGGCCAUAUUUGGGCUGCCAGUGUUCAUUCAGUUUGUAGCGUCCUGCAUCGUCAUCGGCCUGACUGCAUUCAAGAUAGUCAUGACCAACGAGCCAAUACAGCUAUUAACGUUAGUUUUCUACCUCGUGUGCAUUUUGUCGGAGCUGCUGGUCUACUGUUACUUUGGCAACAUCAUUAUGCACAAGAGCGAGGUGGUGGCGGCAGCGGCGUACCACAGCGGCUGGGAGCGCACCUCGCUGCCGACUCAGCGGAUGUUGCUGCUGCUGAUGCGCCGCGCCCAGCGCCCCCUGGCCAUGUCCGCCGGCAACAUGUUCCAUCUGUCGCUGCUCACGUUUACUGCGAUAUUGAAGUCAUCGUAUUCAUACUUCGCAGUGUUAGAGCGAAAAUUUGAAAACUAAGAUUUAGAAUAGAACUAUCUACGAUUUUGGCUCCCGUAGUGUAAUUUUGGCUUUCGUAGCUCCUAGCAUAUCUCAUAGAAAACUGCGAGAUUAGAAACCAGAUUUGUGCACUAUUAUUAAACUAGUAGGGCGGCAUUUUAAUAAGGCAUUUAAAAUCAUGUAUAAUGCAUCAAAUAUCUACUUUAUUACUUACUAAGAUAUGUAUUAAAACGAAUGAUGACAUUAAAAUAAAUUCUAAUAGCAAAAGUUUACAGUGUUUAAUUUAUUUAUAAACUAAA